AGACUCACUGGAUGCUGCCAGCGUGCUUUACAAUCGGGUUGAUGAGGGUGUUCACCGCCUGGUGAUGCUGUCCAACAAACGCAUCCAGGAGCUGGAGCUGGUGAUGGAGUUUGAGAAAGUGGAAGAAUGUUUUAAGGAGGUCAGCAGUUGGAUCGAGAAUGUUGGCAGAAAACGACUGAAGGAAACGGUCAACCUGGAUGAUUCUUUGGAGAUGCUGCUUCAAGCACAAAAGCAGUUCAGGGAAUUUGAUCUUGUUGCCAGUGAAUAUUGCAGGAGGGGACAGGAAGCACUGAAGAAGAUGGAUCGAUGGGAAGACUUUUCCUCUGUGGAUGUCCAUUCUUACAGGGUGAAGCUACAGACCUACAAGGAUCAACUGGAAGAUUUCUGCACUCAACUGGAUGAAAACAGGCAUCAAAUCUGUGAAACGGUUAGGCUGUAUGAAUUCUUUGACAAGGCGUACGAGUGGGCCUUGGAAGGGAUGAGACACCUUGCCUGCAUCAGCAUGGAGGACUGCAGCUCCACUGAGCACUGCGCAGGGGUGGUCAAGUGCCUGGAGAGUUACAGGGGGCAGCAUCCGGACAUUAGCGAUGCCCGGUUCCAGGAGAUGAAGGAGCUGGCCUGUGAGCUGAAGAGUGACAAGGGACUCAAGCAAUGGAAAUUUGCAUGGUCCAAAUGCCAAGAGACCAAACUGGUUUUUGAAAAGAAACUUGAAGCAGCUUUGAGAACAAGGAGGUCUCUGCUGUCAGACCGCAACCCAGCUGCAGGGGAGCAGCCCCGGGCCAGCAGCGAGGCUGGCAGUCUGUCCCACCGCAGGCACUCCGAGGGGGCCUCCCCCGGGUCCCACUGGGACAGGACUUACAGCGCGUCCCACUGCUACAACAGGCCUAGCUGCUCUCCAGGGUGGACCAAGGAGAAAGCUCCCUCACCCUCCCUGAGCUGCCCUGGCGAUGUCAGUGCUGGGGAGGAAUUUGCCUGCCAAGCUGCUCUCAGCCCUGGUCCUCACUCCAGCAGAGUUUCUUUUGCCAGUGGGGUCCCCAAGUCUCCAAAGCUGCCUGAAGAAAAACCAAACCUGGAGACUGUAUUAGAAACCCUGGAGGUGAAGCCGUCCUGCACCUCCACGCCAGCCUCUGGGAAGCCCCCUCCCAGGAGGAUACUCCGGAAGGCCCAGAGCUUCGACCUCCCCUGCGGUGAGAGCCUGUGGUCAGGCUGCCAGAGGACGCUGAGCGAGCCGGCCAGGUACGGCAACACCGGCGUCUUUAUCAAGGGGCUGGAGGUGAGCAGCACAGAGCUGGUGGACAGGACUUUUGCUCUGCGGCAGCCAACUGCUCACAGCUGGGCUGCAGACUGUCUGCUGGAGGGACAGAGGGGCUGCCUCUCCGCGUCGGAAGCCAGGAGCUGGGGCAGCAAGCUGCGGCACAUCAUUGAUGAGAUGGUGACCACGGAGCGGGAGUACGUGCGGUCGCUCUGCUAUAUCAUCGAUAGCUACUUCCCGGAGAUGGAGCGGCUCGACCUGCCCCAGGACCUGCGCGGGAAGCGCAGCGUCAUCUUCGGGAACCUGGAGAAACUCUAUGACUUCCACAGCCAGUAUUUCCUGCGAGAGCUUGAGAGCUGCUGCAACCACCCACUGCGGGUCAGCCACUGCUUCCUCCGACACAAGGACCAGUUUGGGAUGUACGCCUUGUACAGCAAGAACAAACCCAAGUCAGACUCACUGCUGGCCAGCCAUGGGAAUACUUUCUUCAAGUUCAAGCAGGUGCAGCUUGGAGAUAAGAUGGACCUGGCCUCCUACCUGCUGAAACCCAUCCAGCGGAUGAGCAAAUACGCCCUGCUGCUGAAGGACCUGAUCAAGGAGUGCAGCGAGGCACAAGAGCAGGAGCUGGGCUACCUCCGCGCAGCUGAGGAAAUGGUGAAGUUCCAGCUCCGGCACGGCAAUGACCUGCUGGCCAUGGAUGCCAUCCGCGACUGUGACGUGAACCUGAAGGAGCAGGGGCAGCUGGUGCGGCAGGAUGAGUUCACCAUCUGGCUGGGCCGAAGGAAGUGCCAGCGACACGUCUUCCUCUUUGAGGACCUGAUCCUGUUCAGCAAGCCCAAGAAGAUUGAGGGUGGCUUUGACGUAUAUAUCUACAAGCGCUCCUUCAAGACUGCGGACAUCGGUCUGACAGAGAACUCCGGAGACAGCGGCCUGCGCUUUGAGAUCUGGUUCCGAAGGCGAAAGUCCAGUGACACCUAUGUCCUCCAGGCCAGCUCAGCUGAGACUAAGCAGGCCUGGACCAGUGACAUUGCCAAGAUCCUGUGGCAGCAGGCAGCCCGCAAUAAAGAAAUCCGUAUGCAGGAGAUGGUCUCCAUGGGUGUGGGCAAUAAGCCCUUCCUGGAUAUCAAACCCAGCGAGGCAGCUAUCAAUGACCGUGCUAUCGAUUACAUCAUGAAGGGCAGAGGUGCCAGGACCAGAGCCUCCAUCGCAGUGUCUCUGUUUGACCAUUCCAACCCCUACAAGAGGACACAGGCGCAGCUCUCUGCUGGCAGCACCCCUGCUGCGUACAGCCCUUCCUCCUCCUCCUCCUCCCUGCUGGGACCCCUCAACCUCCACAUGUACCUGGACCAGGCGCUGCUGCCAGGUGUCCUGGCCCCCCGCCGCCCCUUUGACAUCGGCACCUGCAUCGAGGAGGAUGAGCUGGAGCACGAGACCAGCAGCCAACCAUCACUGACGACAGAGAGCUCAGAGUCAUCGCACUGCAUGUCAGGCAGCGGCUCCAGCGGCUCCGACAGCGGCUGUGUCUCCAGCAUCCCACAAGAAAGCUUCUGUGAAGAGAUGGGCUCACCCCCCUUCAUGCCCCUGGGCUCACAACACAGCUCUGCCAUGGAGGAGAAACCCAGGUUCACCAACAGCCAGUACAUUUCUGCA